AUGAGUUCGUCUGUAAAUGGAUCAGUUGAUUUUGAUGACUGGUUAGAUAUUGGAGAUUCUUCAAGUUUGCCUGUUUUGAAGCUUGAUGAUGUUUUGAAUGAUGUUGAAUUACUUGAUGACAAUCUGUCAUUUCUGGAUGAGACGGAAAGCUGCUCUAUCCUUGCACCAGAGCUUCCCGCAACAUUGCCGAAUUCUCUUUAUCGUUAUCAACUUCUCUCUGCUAUCUCAUGUUCUAGACAAGAUUCCAUAUCACAUCAAUUAUUCUCUAUAAUUGAAAAAACAGGAUCUCCCCAAGCCAUAGCAGAACAUUCAGGUACAAUUGCGAUAGGUACCAAAAAAGGAAUGUUGUUAAUUUAUAACGAACAAAAUUUGCUUGAGCGCUUUGUGAAAGGUGAAGAAGCUGCCGGCUCGGUUUCAUGCUUAGCCUUCAGUCCGGACAAGAGAGACAUUACAGUGGGAUACAGUAAAGGUGGCAUCAAAGUUAUCAACGUAAAAACAGGAGCUGUUAAGUUUUCAACAUCUGAGGCAACCCAGUUAGGUCAUGGAGUUCUCCAGAUCACUUACAUAGGCAGCAAUAAUAGUUUCUUGUCAUUGGAUAGUGGUGGGAAUGUGUUUGAGGUCAGACUAUCCACGAGUAUUGUACGAAGAAAGGGUACUGAGACUCGUUGUGUAUUUUCUGGGUGCAAUGGUGAAGUUGUUUUCAUGAAGUACUUGUCUCAUUCUUUAUUAGCGCUUAUGACAGUUUCAAAAUUGAUGCUUGUUUCUACUAAGUUCGGGGGAUCUGUGCUUUGUUCUUACCCGCUCGAUUUUCAUUUGGGUUAUCCACCGUUGAUUGAUUUUUACAAUAUCACUCAGAAACAAAGCUCUAGAGAGCUGAAACUGUGUGUUGGAAGAGGAACGAGCUUCUUCAUCAUCACUCUUUAUCCUAAUUUAUUGUCGAAGCGUAAAAAAGCUUCUGUGUUGAAUGCUAAGUUCAUCCUCCCAGCACCUGUGGUGGCUGUGCAAUGGUUUAGCCCUAACGCUAUACUAUUGGUUGAUUCUACUGGGAAGACUUCUGUAAUUGACAGUAGUAGAGGUGCUGUGUUGAAGGCACAAUCAGACAACUUAGAGCUAAUUUUCAAUACUGCGGAUUAUAAGGGCCUAUCAACCGGUGGUAAUGUUUCCGCUGCAUUACAUUGUCUAGCUGAGACCGUAUGCUACCAGACUUUCUGUAGAUCUGACUCUUCAGUGUAUAUAUUAACCUCAAAUGGGCUGUAUACGAUAAAUGCCCUCACAGAAAAUGAUCAAGUACAGUUGUUUUAUCAGAGAAAUGAUUUUGCGUCUGCAUGUUUGUACCUAAACGAUCUUCUGACCAAGAAGAGCCAGCCAAGUAAUAACAAUCUGCUGGUUCUACAAAACUCAUUACGAGUUGCUCUUCAAAAUCUCACUAUGCAUAUCAUGGAUGGUUGUAAGAAUGGUAAAAUAAGCGAGUUGUUGAUACAUUACAAGAAACACAUACAAGUUCUAUUGUACGCAAGCUUCAGCUCCAAAGUAACGGAUGUUCUAUUCGAAUACUCUUGGUCCAGAAUCGAAAAAGAUCCUCUAGCGCGGACUGUACUCCUGGAAAUGCUAGAUGAAUGGGUUCUAGACCAAGCAUUAUAUGAUGCUCCACCUCUUAUAAUUUCCGCAUAUUUAACGCAUUUGAGCGCGGAAGGACAUUUUGCACAGUUCCAAGCAGCCGUGGUUCGCUUUCCAAUCCACUCUAUAGACAUAAAUCAUGUUAUGAUUGUUUGCCGACAGAACGGUUUGUAUGAUGGAAUCAUUUAUGUAUUCAAUAAAGCGUUGGGUGAUUACAUAACCCCUUUAGAGGAGAUGCUUGAAGCUGUCUCAAGUUUUGUCUACAGGGAUGUUUUUACGGACGCAGAAGUAGAGCAAGGAAAUCGUUUGUUAUUGUAUGUACAUUGCUGUCUCGCAGGACAUGCUUAUCCUUUGGGCGUAUUACCCAAGGAAGCAAACGAUCGUGUGCCGCUUGAGAUAUUCCGAUGUAUUGUUUCAUUGCAUGGGAAAGAUGGUCAGCAUAAGGGUGAAAAGUAUCCAUAUUUAAGGAUAAUGAUGUUGUUCGAUGCUCAACAGUUUGUUAAUGGAAUUUGCAACUCUGUGGAUGCGAAGCUCUUCCAAGAAGAUGAUAGACUACAAAGAGUAGUCGAAACACUCGGCUUACUCUCCUGUGAUCUGCGAACCCAUACUAUACUGGUUCAUUAUCUUCAGUUGAUUAUUCAGCUUGCAGGAAAAAAUCUAAUUCUUCCUCCAGUAGAAAUAGUGGAAAAUGUUAUCGAUUGUCUCCUUAAAAGUUCCUGGCAAGAUGUGCUGGCAGAAACAACAAUAGUUGAGAUUUUAAAAGUUAUACAAGCUAUAGAUAGACAAAGAGUUCUCAGGCUGUCUCAAACCCCCAUGAGGCCUAGAGUAUGUUGUUUCCUCUAUUCUAAUGAAAGAAAGUUCAUUGAUCUGAUUAAAUGCUGCCUUUUCCAGGAGAACACUGCUGAAGUGUUUCCAGUGAUUCGAUCUAUUCUGGAAUCGGACCUUACAGCACAAGAGAAGACAGAAACACAUCAGUUCAUUCUCGAUCUAUUACCGAAAUUAAUGAAACUUGACAUCGAACAAUGUGCCAAUAUGAUCCUCAAUUAUUUUCCUACUUACUUCAAAGAUACAGACAUGUCCGUAGAAGAAAAUCGUAAAAUUCACGCUGACUUGAUUGAGAAUGUCAUGCUCAUCAGGAAGUCAAGGCAAGAGGUUGUAAUCAGCGGCAAUGAUGAUAUCGAUGAAUUGUUGAUGGGUGCUAUCAUAGAAAAAAGCUUCAGAGUAAUCAAAGAUCCUGAGCAACUCGAUUUACACUUCGAGGAGCUCCUCAGAUACUGGCAGCCUAUCGGGUCAAGAACAGACUUUUGUCUCAACAUAGUUUCUGAGCAUAAUUCAACCAAAGCGAUGAUUAUAUUGUUAGAAGCGAGGGGGCUAGCAGAGAGAGCAUUCGAACUCAUUUUUGCCAAGCUGUCUGAACUUCCGACGGGACCAAGCUUGGCUACCUGGACUGAUCACAUAAUGAUUUUUUGCAACAAAAAUCCCGUGAAAGCUGAAACAAAUGGUUGGCUACUCAAAGUUUUCAAAGUUGUUGUGGGAAAACUCUCGGUUGAUUCAGAAGUAGAUGAGCAACUUCAAACACUUUGCCGAAGAAUUCUUUCGGCCGGAACGAUACAUGUGUAUGAACUUUUCACUUCUCUGCUGGAAUGCUCUAGCUUCGCGCAAGCUUCAUACAAGGAAUACCAAUCACUGCUUGAAUUCAUUCUAUCAUCCUGUAUGUUUGAAGAAGCAAUGAUCACGGAAAUAUCACACUGCAUGAAUUCCGAAACAUCCACAACACUCCGAGAUAUGAUAUGCAUACCAUCAACAAAAGUUUGUCAAGCUACUCUAUCUGUCUGCAUAAUCUGUUCCAACCAAAUAUCGAAAUCAGCAUUUGCUUUCCGAUGUGGUCAUCUUGUGCACAUGGAAUGCGAUGAUGGUAAAAAAGAGUGCCCUUGUCAAGACGAACAGGAUAAAUUCGGACAAAAGAAAACCAGCAUACGAACGAAUUAUACAAAAUAUGCUAGAAACCACAAAGGAAAACCUAAGAGGAACAUAUUCGGGAAUUGGGACAAUCAACUACAACUCACACCCCAUUAG